AUGGUGAUGCGAUCGAGCUUCCCCAGGCGCCUGGCCCUCGGACGCUCGGCAAACUACCUCAGAAACCCCUACGCGGCCUCGAGUAGCAGGUUACCCGCAGCGAGUACUCCGAGGUGCUCCGCAUCCACCUUCGACCGCCUUCUCCUCACCACCCGCCCGUCCCAGCGAGCCGUCGCCCCGUUUUCAACGUCAACACGAUGGCUAAAGGAGGAAGAUAACAGUUUCUUUGACCGUGCCGUCGAGCCCCUGUCCGAGGAGGAACAAAAGGCGAAUCUGAAGCAUCAGCGCGAGCUCGAGGAGAAGGAGUUGGCCGAGGCCAAGAGCUCUAACUCCGAGUCAUCCCCCAAGGGCGAGGGCUCGGGAGCUGCACAAGAUGGCAAGGCCGGUAGCGCGGCCGGUGGCUCAUCAGCGGGAUCCGGCGGUAGCGGAGGCGACGACAAGGGCGACGGCAGCGGCAGACGCGGACGCAGAGCCUCUGACAAGAGCCUGCAGAAGCCCGUUGUGCCCGAUGUCUACCCCCAAGUUCUGGCUAUUCCGAUUGCGAAGCGGCCACUGUUCCCCGGCUUUUACAAGGCAAUUACCAUUAAGGACCCGAACGUCGCCGCGGCCAUCACUGAGAUGAUUAAGAGAGGCCAGCCGUACGUCGGUGCCUUCUUGUUCAAGGACGAAAACCAAGACGAGGACGUUAUCCGCAAUGUCGAUGACGUCUACGAUACCGGUGUCUUUGCGCAGAUCACGAGUGCUUUCCCCAUGCAUGGGGAGCAGGGUGCCCUGACUGCUAUCCUCUACCCUCACCGCCGUAUCCGCCUUUCGAGCUUGCUGCCGCCGGGAACGGAGGACAAGAAGCCGAGCGAAGCCAGGGUGGAGCCGGUGCCCGAGCCGAUACCCUCGAAGCCCACCGAUGAGGAGGCUCAACAAGAGAAGAAGGGCGAUGUCGUUGCCAGCUUCGAGGAGAGUGCUGUGGCCCCCAAGGCCGACCAGGCGGCGGAGAAGUACGAGCCCACGGCGUUCCUUAAGAGAUACCCCGUCAGUCUCGUCAACGUGGAGAACUUGACCGAGGAGCCGUACGACCCCAAGAGCGCUGUUAUCCGUGCCGUGACCAACGAGAUCGUCAAUGUGUUCAAGGAAGUCGCCACGAUGAAUAGCCUUUUCCGUGACCAGAUCUCGACGUUCUCCAUGAGCCAGUCCACAGGCAACGUAACGUCCGAGCCGGCCAAGCUGGCAGAUUUCGCCGCCGCCGUGUCUUCUGGCGAGCAGGGCGAGCUGCAAGAGGUCCUGUCGAGUCUCAACGUGGAGGAGAGAAUGCAAAAGGCGCUGAUCGUUUUGAAGAAGGAGCUCAUGAACGCGCAGCUCCAGUCAAAGAUCACCAAGGACGUUGAGAGUAAGAUUACUAAGCGUCAGCGGGAGUACUGGUUGAUGGAGCAGAUGAAGGGCAUCCGUCGCGAACUGGGACUCGAGUCUGACGGCAAGGACAAGCUGGUUGAGAAGUUCAAGGAGAAGGCCAACAAUCUGGCCAUGCCCGAGGCUGUGCGCAAGGUGUUCGAUGACGAGAUCAAUAAGCUUGCCCACCUCGAGCCCGCAGCGUCCGAGUUCAAUGUCACGCGAAACUACCUGGACUGGCUUACGCAGAUCCCCUGGGGCCAGCGCAGCGCGGAGAACUUUGGCAUUCAAAACGCCAUGACGGUCUUAGAUGAGGAUCAUUACGGGCUCAAGGAUGUCAAGGAUCGUAUCUUGGAAUUCAUUGCUGUAGGCAAGCUCCGUGGAACGGUCGAGGGCAAGAUCAUCUGCUUCGUCGGUCCUCCCGGUGUCGGAAAGACGUCCAUCGGCAAGUCCAUUGCCCGCGCCCUGAACCGCCAGUACUACCGAUUCAGCGUCGGUGGUCUGACGGACGUGGCUGAAAUCAAGGGUCACCGCAGAACCUACGUCGGUGCCCUUCCCGGCCGCAUCAUCCAGGCGCUCAAGAAGUGUCAGACCGAGAACCCCCUGAUUCUCAUUGACGAGAUCGACAAGAUUGGCCGUGGCUACCAAGGCGACCCCUCAUCGGCUCUGCUUGAGCUUCUCGACCCGGAGCAGAACAGCUCCUUCCUGGACCACUAUAUGGACGUCCCCGUCGACCUGUCUAAGGUGCUCUUUGUCUGCACCGCCAACAUGACGGACACCAUCCCGCGACCCCUCCUCGAUCGCAUGGAGCUCAUCCAGCUGUCGGGCUACGUCGCCGACGAGAAGAAGGCCAUCGCUGAUAAGUACCUCGCCCCGGCCGCCCGUGAAGCCGCAGGCCUGGCCAACGCCGACGUCACGCUCAGCGAGGAGGCUAUCGAGGAGCUCAUCAAGUCGUACGCCCGCGAGUCCGGCGUCCGCAACCUCAAGAAGCAGAUUGAAAAGGUCUACCGGAAAUCCGCCCUCAAGAUCGUUCAGGACCUCGGCGAGGAGGUGCUCCCCGAGAAGGAGGCCCUGACCGAGGACGGCAAGGAGGCACUCGAGGCGUCGGAGAAGAAGGCCGAGGAGGCGCGCGAGACGGGCGAGCAGCCGGCCGAGACGCCGACCGCCGAGAAGCCCCGCGUCGCCCUCAACGUCCCCGACACGGUGCACGUUACCAUUGGCAAGGAGAACCUCGUCGACUACGUCGGCCCUCCCGUCUUCACCUCGGACCGCCUCUACGAGGUCAACCCCGCCGGCGUGGCCAUGGGUCUCGCGUGGACCCAAAUGGGCGGCGCCGCCAUGUACAUCGAGUCCAUCCUCCAGGCGCCCCUGCGGCCGAGCAGCCGCCCCGGGCUCGAGAUCACGGGUAACCUCAAGAACGUCAUGAAGGAGUCGACGACGAUUGCCUACUCGUUUGCAAAGUCCCUCAUGGUCAGGGACUUCCCUGACAACCACUUCUUCGACAAGGCCAGGCUGCACCUGCACGUCCCCGACGGUGCCGUCUCCAAGGAUGGCCCCUCGGCCGGUAUCACCAUGGCCACCUCGCUCCUCUCCCUCGCCCUCGAUACCCCCGUCAACCCCACCGUCGCCAUGACGGGUGAGCUCACGCUUACCGGCAAGGUCCUCCGCAUCGGCGGGCUGCGCGAGAAGACGGUCGCCGCGCGCCGCGCCGGCUGCAAGAUGAUCAUCUUCCCCAAGGACUGCAUGUCCGACUGGCUCGAGCUCCCAGAGAACAUCAAGGAGGGCAUCGAGGGCAAGCCCGUGGCAUGGUACUCUGACGUCUUUGACCUCAUCUUCCCGGAGCUCGACCGCGAGGCCGCCAACAAGUGCAAGACGUGCGAGUGGAAAAAGGACCAGGACGACAAGAAGAAGAAGGACAAGAAGAAGAAGAAGAGGGACGACUCUGACGAUGAGGACGACGACUAG